UAGACAAGUUGCUUGCAAGCUUUUACCUCUCUCAAACUUGUCAAGCUGACUUCCUACCUUAGUUGCUAGGUGUGCUCUCUCCCUUAAUUAAUUUGUUUCUGCACUGUUCGGCUACUUAUUAUGGCCCAAAACAAACUAUUCUCUGCCGUUUUCAUCUUCAUUGCCCUGAUAUUAAUCUUUCAAGAAAUUCAGUAUGUUAAUGCGCGGCAUUUGAAGUUAGAGAAACUCAAUACCUACAAACAAUUCCUUGUAAAGGAAGCAGCAAUGGCAGUUGAGGGCAGAAGUAGCUUGCAUGCUACUGUCAUUGAAGUAUCAGAUGUUGACGUGCUGUCUCCACCAGACGCACCAUUGGCACCAGGUGCUGUUGCUGGAGCUUCACAGGCUCCACCACCCCGCCAUGCUGAUGACUUCAGGCCUACCGCGCCUGGUCACAGCCCUGGUAUUGGACAUUCCCUUCAUAACUAGUGCAGUAAAGUGCAUGGCUUUUGCAAAUGUAUUUCAUUGGCUUAUUUCGUUGUCCUAUGCUUAAAAUAGUAGUUUGAAUGAAUACCAACCUUAGCCAUGCAACUAUUAGAUCAAUAUCCUAUUUAGGUUCCCCAUUGUUGUGAUGUGUAAUUUUAGUUCUGUGAUCAUCAUGUAUUGUUUGCUCUUUGCACAAUUGUGUAUUAGUUAUGUGUUCAUGCGAUUACUAAAUGUAAUAUUGCUUC